UCUAUAAUGUAAUUUUAGAUUAGAUUAUGUUAUUUUCAUCUGAAGAUGAUGUCUUAGACAUCGAAAGUGCUAGUGUUUAUAAAUAAAUGAAAAUGAAAUUGUCUUCUGGUGUUAAACUUGUUUUAUUCUAGUUUAACAUUAACAAAAGAAGUUUUAGCAGAACGACAUCGUUUGAAAACCGCAUUACAAGGUAUACAUCCCCAAAUAAAACCUCGUCUUCAUGUGUUAGAUGAAUUACGACAAGAAGAGCAAAUAUUGACAGCAAAAUUUUAG